AGCAGCGAUGUGAAAGUAGCCUACUACCAUCGAAAGCGCAGCCUCGUUACUGUAUUCCUCAGAAGAAAGGAUGCGGUGACGAUGGAACAAGACAGAGCAGCUCUGUAGUAGCCUACUGUACAACAAUUCCAAUCCGGAUUUACAUGAAAUCCUCAACUGUCUCUACCAGAGCAUUGUUGUAAUCCGUUUCUGAACAGAGGGAACACCCCGUCUUUUCCAAUCAGGUUUCAGAUUGAUUCUUCACCUUGCUUAGAGAGGAUAGGCACUCUGGACUGUAUUCGGAGCUGAGAGAAGGCUGAGGAGUUUGGAGCUGCUCUGAGCUGAAACCCUAAAUAUUAAAUAUGCCAGCCUUGCUCUAGUAUUUGUCAUUAUUUUUGUUUUAUUUUCUACCUAUUACACAGCAGGACAUGGUGCAUAUGACAACUGUAUUUAUCCAGUAACCUAAUAGUUUGAAGGUAUCACUUUUCGAAUGCCAACUCAACAAUGAAUUCUAAUGCAGGGCCUUACCGGCACAGCGCCUACGGAAGCAGCCCGAGCGGCAAUAGCGGGCGUGGCGCCGUGACCAUCCACUGUCUCCGCUGCCGGGAGGUCUGUAAGGGAGAGGUGGUUCGUGUGCAGAAUGUCCACUUCCAUGUCAAGUGCUUCACCUGCCAAGUGUGUGGCUGUGACCUGGCCCGUUCAGGCUUCUUCCAGAAGGGAAGAGAGUACAUCUGUACAGAGGACUACCAGCGCCUCUAUGGCACCAAGUGUGACAGCUGUGGAGACUUCAUCACAGGGGAGGUGGUCUCUGCGCUGGGGCGUACCUACCACCCCAAGUGUUUUGUUUGCAGCAUGUGCAGAAAGCCUUUCCCUAUCGGAGACAGGGUGACCUUCUGUGGGAAGAAGUGUGUCUGUCAGCAGUGCUCCCAUUCGCUAGUCAGCAACGCGCCGGUCAAGAUCCACGGACCCAGCCACUGUGCAGGCUGUAAGGAGGAGAUCAAACAUGGCCAGUCUCUCCUGGCCCUGGAGAAGCAGUGGCAUGUCAGCUGCUUCAAGUGUCAGACCUGUGGCACUGUGCUGACCGGGGAGUACAUCAGCAAGGAUGGUAUUCCAUACUGUGAGACUGACUACCACACCCAGUUUGGCAUCCAGUGUGUGACGUGUAACAGAUACAUCAGUGGCAGAGUGCUGGAGGCAGGGGGAAAGCACUACCACCCCACCUGUGCCCGUUGUGCCCGCUGUCUCAUGAUAUUUACAGAAGGAGAAGAGAUGUACCUGACAGGUUGCGAGGUGUGGCAUCCUGUGUGUAAACAAGCAGCUCGAUUGGAGAAGAAACUCAGAUUCAGACGUACCUCGGAGGCCUCCGUAUCUCCCCCUGGGUCCAGCAUCGGCUCCCCGAGCCGCAUCAUCUGUGCCAAAGUGGAAAACGAGGUCCUAAGUUACAAAGAUCUGGCCGCACUGCCUAAGAUUAAAACUAUUUGUGACGUGCAGCGGCCCGAUCUCAUUCCCUGUGAGUCUUAUCACAGAUACUCCUCUGAUGACAGACUAGAACGCUACAGCUAUGGGGAGUCUCUGGGAACUCUCUCUCCAAACUCUCAGGACGUCUAUGACAGGGUGGAGCUGAGACAAAGGCGCUCCUCCAGCCCAGGCUUCAAUGACUCUCCCACCUACAGCCGCCAGGGCAUGUCUCCCACCGUGUCCACUUCCUGCUCCCCACAGCACCGCUUCCGCCCCGAUGAUUCAAACUACUCGGCCACUAAGAGUAAAACCAGCGACAACAUCCUCCAGACUUCCCAGUUUCCCGACUCGUAUUCUCCUGACCACGACCACCAGCAGUCUAACCACUACCCCUACACUCCCUCUCCCAGAGCUACUCGUGCCCGGAGGUUUUCCUCAGGUGGAGAGGAGGAUGGGUGGAAUCAAAGUCUUAACAGACUCCAAGGUGGUAUAGGCCGUAUGAUUCUGAAGGAGGAGAUGAAAGCCAGGUCUGGUUCCUAUGACAAUGACCCGUGGAGCAGCGCACGGAACUCCCGCACCAACUCCCGCACCAACUCCCGCAGUGGCAGCAAAGAGGCCCUGCACAAUGUGGGCUACGGCAACACUGUCAACGGAUCUCCCACCAGAUCCCACUACAGUACGGACAGUGACUCCUUCAUCUCCAAGUCAGCCUCGUUGCCAGGCUAUGGCAGGAACGGACUGCACAGGCCCCAGAGUGCAGAUUAUUUCCAGUACGACAGCAGCAGUGCAGUUAACUGGGGAAUCCGAGAAUACAAAAUCUACCCAUAUGAUGUGUUGGUGGUCACCAUAAGGAGGCAGAACCAGCCCCCCAAUGACGUGGACAGAGCCAGGCUAGAGCGCCACCUGUCUCCUGAGGACUUCUACCGGGUGUUUAGGAUGACUAUGCCUGAUUUUGACCGGCUGGCACUGUGGAAGAGAAACGAGCUCAAGAAACAAGUCCGACUGUUCUGAAAGGAUCAGACUGUAGAAGCUCAGUAUAGCAGCCUGCUGGGCUUAACGUUAGAGGGGCCUGAGUCCUCACUGAGAGCCAUAAUAACCAGUCUGGGUAGUCCUCGAUCCAUCAGGUCAGAGUCACAGCAGAACCAGAACUAAAACCAGCUUGGGUUCUAGCCAUAGAAAUAGAAUGAGUUGUAAUGAUAUAGUUCUGUUGUUCCAGGACAUCCUCUGAGCCAGAGAAAUAGAAUGAGUUGUAAUGAUAUAGUUCUGUUGUUCCAGGACAUCCUCCGAGCCAGAGAAAUCCAGCCAGCCUGAGUCUAUACAUCAAUAAUAUAUCUCUGGAAAAAGAGGAGUAACAGGCUCCUCCCCCUGAGCCAUGUCUGUUUGUGGGAGAACUAGACCAGGCUAGUUCUGCCUAUGCUUCCAGUAUUAUGCGUUUGCUUUAUUAGGAGGAGUUUAACUAUAGUUCAUGGCUGUCACGUCAUGAGGUUAUAGCAGAUUUGAACCCUUUUCAGGUUGCAGGUUUGGAGAGCUCUGAGACAUUAUCUUAUGAUCAAGCAGGAAAGAGAACACCAGCAAACUGUCCAAACAGAACGUUCUACCAGUUAAACUCUGUCCUUGCUUUCUUUACUCUAAAUAUAUUGUUUCAUUCAGACUUUUAUUUAUUUAUUUUUUACAUUGAGACUAAAAUGUUGUAUUUCUUAAUAGAGCAAGGGUCCCCCGCGGAGUGAAAGGCUAGAUCGAUGUAUUGUGGUAGUACGGUUUAAGAAAAUGUGUGGAUCAUUGUGUGUUUACUGAAAAACCAAAGUAAUACAACUAUAUUAAGAACCAAUUAGUUUGUUUGCUUGUGUUGUUUUUGUUUUAGAUAGCAACAUGCUUAAAGAGCGACUGUCCCUAAAAAGCAACUUCUCUUUUUGAAAACAGCCUAUGUGGCAUCGAUAUGAGUCAAAAUAAUUUAUUCAAGUGUUAAAAUUUACUACAAAGUGUAAAAUAGGAUAGUUUUGGUCAUAAAGUCAGUCUCAUCCAAAAUCAGAGAUUUGCGAGAUAAUAGAAAAAUUGUUAUGUCACGGAAUGAAGGGUACCCUAACAGAAUGAAGGGUACCCUAACAGAAUGAAGGGUACCCUAACCGUUUUCCUUGACUUGGGUUUAUUUCAAUGUGGUUUGACAUUUGAAAUCCCUAUGGGGCUAGUUAAAGACAAUCAGUAAAUUACACAAUGUACAUGGAACAAUCAUUUAAAAUAUUGAUAGCUCCACAUUUUUAAAAAAGAAGAAAAUGUACUACUUUAAAAUGAAGAUAGCAUGGGCAGCGCCUUUUAGGCUGUCACAGACACUAUAAUGGCACAAAUACAAAGAUGAGUCCAUCUAUCACUAUGGCCUCUUGUUCGCACACGUAUCUACCCUCUCAUUGGCUAGAAUGGUCCCACCUGAUUUCGCCUACUCCCACCUGCUUUCUGUCUUUGAGGACAUGUAUUUCCAUUGUUAGAGCGGUCAAUCGACUAUCUUGUCAAUAUAAUAGACAAUCUUUGCUACGUGGGAACACACACACAAAAGACACCCACUUUAACCCCCCCGUUUGGCUUCAGUCAUGGCCUUCUUAAUGACCAAGCCAAAAAAUGAGGCCAAAUCAGGAAGUUCAGCUCCACUUUAAACACACUGAAUGCACGUUUCCAGAGAAUAUAAGACCAGGCUUUUGUCUACGUACUAGCAGUUGAUUGUUUUACUAAAUUGACGGGAAGGAUCCAAACAAUGUAAUGUAUGUGUUGGAGUUUUGGAUUAUUUAAUCUUAUCAAUUUCAAUUGAACCAAAGGGUUUCAUUUACAGUAAUGGAAUAUCAUGUUAUGAUUGGAUCUUGAAUUGUAUUCAGAGCUGGGAUUGUAGUGAGGAUAAAAGCUGACGUGACUGACUCUUCAUGGGGAGACAUGACCUGAUUCUAACUCAACACAUGGAGACAGAGAUAAUGAAUAGAGAUAUACAUUAAUUAGAUGGAAUCUGCCUGUGGAGGAAAGUGGAUUGAAGGGAUCGGAGACCAGAAAUCUGGAUUAGAGAUGAAAUAGAGGAAUGGUUCUGAAUUAGAUUACAACUGAAAGGGAUUGAAUGAACUCUUCCUUGAACAAUACCAAGGUGAGGAGGGAAGGAAUCGAGGUGAGACGGGAAGGAAUUGAGGUGAUGGAAUUUUUAUGGAUGUUGAAGUGGAAUUGAUUUGAUGGAAUUGUCCUGAUUGGUCUAUGUGGAUACCAGUCCAAAUGACAACAAGGGUCCUGAUAUAAUUUGUUUUAGUUUUAGUUUCAUACAGUGCGAUCUAAAUCAACUUAGGGGUGUGAAAUGAUUACUGGUUGCUAAAGAAUACACUAUAGUGUGCAUACAGUAGAACAAAACAUUAUCCUGCUGGGUUUUGAAGAGGUGACUCCUAGUUAUCUCCUGUUAGGUUUUGAAGAGGUGACUCCUAGUUAUCUCCUGUUGGGUUUUGAAGAGGUGACUCCUAGUUAUCUCCUGUUGGGUUUUGAUGAGGUGACUCCUGUUGGGUUUUGAAGAGGUGACUCCUAGUUAUCUCCUGUUGGGUUUUGAAGACGUGACUCCUAGUUAUCUCCUGUUGGGUUUUGAAGAGGUGACUCCUAGUUAUCUCCUGUUGGGUUUUGAUGAGGUGACUCCUGUUGGGUUUUGAAGAGGUGACUCCUAGUUAUCUCCUGUUGGGUUUUGAAGACGUGACUCCUAGUUAUCUCCUGUUGGGUUUUGAAGAGGUGACUCCUAGUUAUCUCCUGUUGGGUUUUGAUGAGGUGACUCCUGUUGGGUUUUGAAGAGGUGACUCCUAGUUAUCUCCUGUUGGGUUUUGAUGAGGUGACUCCUGUUGGGUUUUGAAGAGGUGACUCCUAGUUAUCUCCUGUUGGGUUUUGAAGACGUGACUCCUAGUUAUCUCCUGUUGGGUUUUGAAGAGGUGACUCCUAGUUAUCUCCUGUUGGGUUUUGAUGAGGUGACUCCUGUUGGGUUUUGAAGAGGUGACUCCUAGUUAUCUCCUGUUGGGUUUUGAAGAGGUGACUCCUAGUUAUCUCCUGUUGGGUUUUGAAGACGUGACUCCUAGUUAUCUCCUGUUGGGUUUUGAAGAGGUGACUCCUAGUUAUCUCCUGUUGGGUUUUGAUGAGGUGACUCCUGUUGGGUUUUGAAGAGGUGACUCCUAGUUAUCUCCUGUUGGGUUUUGAAGAGGUGACUCCUAGUUAUCUCCUGUUGGGUUUUGAUGAGGUGACUCCUGUUGGGUUUUGAAGAGGUGACUCCUAGUUAUCUCCUGUUGGGUUUUGAAGAGGUGACUCCUAGUUAUCUCCUGUUGGGUUUUGAAGAGGUGACUCCUAGUUAUCUCCUGUUGGGUUUUGAAGAGGUGACUCCUAGUUAUCUCCUGUUGGGUUUUGAAGAGGUGACUCCUAGUUAUCUCCUGUUGGGUUUUGAAGACGUGACUCCUAGUUAUCUCCUGUUGGGUUUUGAAGACGUGACUCCUAGUUAUCUCCUGUUGGGUUUUGAAGACGUGACUCCUAGUUAUCUCCUGUUGGGUUUUGAAGAGGUGACUCCUAGUUAUCUCCUGUUGGGUUUUGAUGAGGUGACUCCUGUUGGGUUUUGAAGAGGUGACUCCUAGUUAUCUCCUGUUGGGUUUUGAAGAGGUGACUCCUAGUUAUCUCCUGUUGGGUUUUGAAGAGGUGACUCCGAGUUAUCUCCUGUUGGGUUUUGAAGACGUGACUCCUAGUUAUCUCCUGUUGGGUUUUGAAGACGUGACUCCUAGUUAUCUCCUGUUGGGUUUUGAAGACGUGACUCCUAGUUAUCUCCUGUUGGGUUUUGAAGAGGUGACUCCUAGUUAUCUCCUGUUGGGUUUUGAGGAUGUGACCCCUAGUUAUCUCCUGUUGGGUUUUGAAGAGGUGACUCCUAGUUAUCUCCAGUUGGGUUUUGAAGAGGUGACUCCUAGUUAUCUCCUGUUGGGUUUUGAAGAGGUGACUCCUAGUAAUCCAAUAGAUCAUACAAUAUUCUUGGUAGCCUACAUGCAAAGCUGUCCUUUUUCUUUCAGUUGUAUUUGGAUGGUCUGGUAUGAGGUUGUGCAUCAUAGGAAGAGAUAGUUCUGAUUGUUAGUGUAUACAGCACUGCCUUUAUCAGACUCAUAUUAGUCAUACUGACUAGCAGCAGUCAUUUAGUAUAAAUAACUCUUACUGUCAUCUUUGUAAUGGCUGUUUGUUUUAUGUGUGUGUGUGUGUGUGUGUGUGUGUGUGUGUGUGUGUGUGAGAGAGAGAGAGAGUCGCAAGUUAUCAUAGAUAUUUACAAUACUAACAGCAAUACUGGUCAAUAAUGUACAUACAGUACUUCCAGAAUUCACAAUCUCAUUUUUGAAUCUAUAUCCAUUAUAAAAGGUUUGGGAGACGGUUAAAUGUAUGUUUUCAUUUUGUAACUGUACAAAGCAAUCUGCAUAUUAUUUAUUUCAAUGUCAGAACUACUGCUCAACAAAUGAUGUACAUAUUUUAUUUAAAUUAAAGCAGUUUACAUGUG